GCAAUGUCGUUUCUUCGAGAAUAUAGUCUAGAUAAAUGCGAUCUGCCGACUCUGUUCUCAAACGUAUCGGUCAUGUUGAGAUGCGUUACUUUAAACAUUUAUCAAGAUGCGAAACGAUCUCCACUCUGGGCGUACUGCCUAACCUACAUUACAGUCGUGGCAUAUCUCUAUACUUACAUCCUGUCGACCAGCUGGUUCGUGUUUGUGCGGUGCAGACAGACCGGCGACCUGGUGUCUGCCUCUGUCAUCUUCUCCGAGGGCUGCAACAGCUGCACUUGCAUAACCAAGUUCAUUGUCAUGAACGUCCAUAGGAAAAUACUUUGCGAGCUGGUUAGCCGUUAUUUGGACUGCGAUGCUCAAGUGGUUCCCGGAAGUAGGUUCCAUCAAAAUCUGAUGAAGCAUACGAGGAUUGUAAAGAAACGCGCUUUGGGUAUAUUCUUCGCUCUGAUGGGUAUCACCGCUUUGUUCAUAUUGCGGAGCCAAGUCAGACCAGGGCGUCAUCUCCCCCAAGAUAUUUAUGUAAUGUAUGGUUUAGAACCAACAUUCGAGACGCCAAACUAUGAGAUGUCGUUAUUCCUUAUGGUAUUAUGUCUGGCUGUAUGUGUAUACGAAAUCGCUGUAGUUAAAGCUCUCGUCGUAAUCAUGGUUGGUUACAUUGAAUCACAGCUCCUAGCACUGAGCGAAGAAUGUGCCAAUAUUUGGGAUGAUACUAAAACAUCCAUAGACGAUAAUCGAGGUAAAGAUAAUAAAAUAAUAAACAAAGAAGUAGAACUCAAACUAAAGAAUAUAGUUCGAUUUCAUGUAAUCAACAUAAAUAAUUUGAACGAUUUCGAUGAAUUCUACAGAUUCAUAUCGUUUGCGGAUUUCACUUUAAUAGGAGCAGCUAUAAUUUCAGAACUACUUGGGAAAUUGGAGAAUACUUUUUUGGAUCUACCGUACACUUUUCUUCAGAUAUACAUAGAUUGUUACAUUGGUCAGAGACUGUCGGAUGCGAUAAGUAGAUUUGAAAACGCAGUGUACGAGUGCAGGUGGGAAAAUUUUAAUGCCAAGAAUAUGAAGACGGUGCUUCUGUUACUGAAGAUGUCCCAAAAGACAGCAACUGUUACAGCCGGGGGAAUCACUCCAUUGAACUAUAUAACCUUGAUGUCAGUCAUCAAAUCUACUUACUCUGCUUACACUACUCUAAGAUCAUCAGUCUCUUAA